GACAAAGUCCUCACUCUUAGAAGCUCCCGGUGAGGCGGCUGAGAUGGCCCAGGAAAGAAUUAAAUUACCGUCGAAAAGGGAGGUAUUACCUUCGAAACGCGAUGUUUGAGGUGGCAUGAAGCUCAGUGGUGUUAUAUUGGAAUGAGUGACCAUCCUGGAGGCUUCCUGAAGGAGUUUGAGAAACACUGCACCAGAAGACUGGACUCUGGGAGGUUGGGGGCUUCAGAUGAAUUGAAAGUGGAAAUUCAUUUAGGAAAUGGGACGGAACCGCUUUGCAGCAUGGAACUCGUUGAUACCGACACAACUGUUUGCGUGGUUCAGCUUCCUGAGACAGGGACCACCUGGGAUUGGAACAUCAGUUAACAUCUGACCACUGCCAGCCCACCCCCUCCCACCCGCGUCGAUCGCAUCUCUGGGCUCCAGGGAUAAAGCAGGUCUUGGGGUGCACCAUGAUUUCACCAUUCUUAGUACUGGCCAUUGGCACCUGCCUUACCAACUCCUUAGUGCCAGAGAAAGAGAAAGACCCCAAGUACUGGCGAGACCAAGCGCAAGAGACACUGAAAUAUGCCCUGGAGCUUCAGAAGCUCAACACCAACGUGGCUAAGAAUGUCAUCAUGUUCCUGGGAGAUGGGAUGGGCGUCUCCACAGUGACGGCCACCCGCAUCCUCAAGGGUCAGCUCCACCACAACCCUGGGGAGGAGACCAGGCUGGAGAUGGACAAGUUCCCCUUCGUGGCCCUCUCCAAGACGUACAACACCAAUGCCCAGGUCCCUGACAGUGCCGGCACCGCCACCGCCUACCUGUGUGGGGUGAAGGCCAACGAGGGCACCGUGGGGGUAAGCGCAGCCACCGAGCGUUCCCGGUGCAACACCACCCAGGGGAACGAGGUCACCUCCAUCCUGCGCUGGGCCAAGGACGCUGGGAAAUCUGUGGGCAUUGUAACCACCACGAGAGUGAACCAUGCCACCCCCAGCGCCGCCUAUGCCCACUCAGCUGACCGGGACUGGUACUCAGACAACGAGAUGCCCCCUGAGGCCUUGAGCCAGGGCUGCAAGGACAUCGCCUACCAGCUCGUGCAUAACAUCAGGGACAUUGACGUGAUCAUGGGGGGUGGCCGGAAAUACAUGUACCCCAAGAAUAAAACUGAUGUGGAGUAUGAGAUUGACGAGAAAGCCAGGGGCACGAGGCUGGACGGCCUGGACCUCGUUAACAUCUGGAAGAGCUUCAAACCGAGACACAAGCACUCCCACUUCAUCUGGAACCGCACGGAACUCCUGACCCUUGACCCCCACAAUGUGGACUACCUAUUGGGUCUCUUUGAGCCGGGGGACAUGGAGUACGAGCUGAACAGGAACAACGUGACGGACCCGUCACUCUCCGAGAUGGUGGUGGUGGCCAUCCAGAUCCUGCGGAAGAACCCCAAAGGCUUCUUCUUGCUGGUGGAAGGAGGCAGGAUCGACCAUGGGCACCAUGAAGGCAAAGCCAAGCAGGCCCUGCACGAGGCGGUAGAGAUGGACCGGGCCAUCGGGCAGGCAGGCAGCAUGACCUCCUUGGAAGACACUCUGACCGUGGUCACCGCGGACCAUUCCCACGUCUUCACCUUUGGUGGAUACACCCCCCGUGGCAACUCUAUCUUUGGUCUGGCCCCCAUGCUGAGUGACACAGACAAGAAGCCCUUCACUGCCAUCCUGUAUGGCAAUGGGCCUGGCUACAAGGUGGUGGGCGGUGAACGAGAGAAUGUCUCCAUGGUGGACUAUGCUCACAACAACUACCAGGCGCAGUCUGCUGUGCCCCUGCGCCACGAGACCCACGGCGGGGAGGAUGUGGCCGUCUUCUCCAAGGGCCCCAUGGCACACCUGCUGCACGGCGUCCAUGAGCAGAACUACAUCCCCCACGUGAUGGCGUACGCAGCCUGCAUCGGGGCCAACCUCGACCACUGUGCCCCUGCCAGCUCGGCAGGCAGCCUUGCUGCAGGCCCCCUGCUGCUCCCCCUGGCCCUCUUCCCCCUGAGCAUCCUGUUCUGAGGGCCCAGGGCCCGGGCACCCACGAGCCCGUGACACACCAACUUCCCACUCCCCAGUGCUGCCCACCGCCCGGCAGCCCACCCCGCAAGGGGCAGGGAGGUGGGGGCCUCCUCAGCCUCUGCAACUGCGAGAAAGGGGACCCAGGAAACCAAAGUCUGCCGCCCACCUCGCUCCCCUCUGGAAUCUUCCCCGAGGGCCAAACCCACUUCUGGCCUCCAGCCUUUGCUCCCUCCCCGCUGCCCUUUGGCCAACAGGGUAGAUUUCUCUUGGGCAAGCAGAGAGCACAGACUGCAGAAAUUCUCAAAGCCUCUUAUUUUUCUAGCAAACAAUUUCUCCAGACCCAGAGGCCCUGAAGCCUCCAUGGAACAUUCCGGAUCUGACCCUCCCACUCUCAUCUCCUUCCCUCUAGAACCCCCCAGGCCCUACCAUGCUCAUGUCCCUGUCCUCAGGCCCAGCCCUUCUUCAGGGGAGAUGAGGUCUUUCUCCUCAGGACAAGGCCUCGCUCACUCACUCCAAGGCCACCGGGGUCCCAGGAAGCUGGUGCCUGGGUGGCCAUCCUACCCGGCGUGGCCCAGGCCAGGAAGAGCCACCUGGCAGGGCUCACACUCCUGGGCUCUGAACACGCAUGCCAGCUCCUCUCUGAAGCGAUUCUCCCAUUUGGAACGGCAAAAAAAAUUUUUUUUCUCUUUUUGGUGGUGGUUAAAAGGGAACACAAAACAUUUAAAUAAAACUUUCCAAAUAUUUCUGAGGACA